AUGAACAACGAGGUGAAGCCCUCUGAUCACGAGUCCUCGCCAGCGGCGCCGUCAGUUCAUGCUACGGAGUGUCAGAACAGCAAUACCAACGGUACCGAGGUUUCCCCGAGCUCGAGCUCGAGUUUCGCCCUCGAGUAUGGACUGGACGAGAAUAACGGCGAACUCUUCUCGGCUUCCGAUGUGACCUCGGCGAAUCCCUCCGUCCUCGAUCCCCAUGCCGGUGGUCGACACGGACGUGACAGCUUACCUCGGAAAGCGUUCGCGCGGGCAUUGCGGUCAGGCAGAGAGCGAGCCGCCGUCGUGGAAAUCGAAAACGCUGUGCCGUCCGUGCCAGCCACGCCGGUGCAGCUGGCGCAGCAGUCCUUUCAAGGCUGCGAGAGCGGUGCUCAUCCGCCUGCAGAAGCGGCUGCUUCCGGCUCCCCAGCCCAGUCACCCCAGCAACUCAUCGACUGGUACGCCCGCUCCUACGACAGCGGCGUCGAGGCGACAUACCACUACGUGGUGGCAUUCAUAAACCUCGGCUCUGGUGAGACGGGCGUGGGGGAGGUGGUGCUCGGCGCCUUGUGCGACGAGCUUGGCACGAAGCGUGUCAUGACCCUGCGCGGGGAGGUGUUCAUGAACCCCGCCCCGCUACGUCUUCUCAUCAAGCGGCAGGCCGUCAUCUAUCACACCCCUGACCGACCACCGUGUCAGCAGCGCGGCACCGUCGUUGUGUGCGGCGGCGAUGGCACCGUGUCAUUUAUCAUGACGCAACUCGAUCUCGUGCGCCGCGAGCUAGAGGACGAGUUUCAGCCCUUCCUCACCGCAUCUCAGGUGCAGCUGCACCGUGAAAACUCUGCUCUCGUCACGUCCAGCUUGUGCGAUAAGCCGGUGCAUCCGUACUUCACGAUGCCGGCCCUCGCACCGCUCCCACUGGGCACUGGAAACGACUACAGCAACUGUGUGGGCUUCGGCUAUGCCUUUUCAUCCAGUGGGAGCGACUACAGACUUUGCACCCUUUGCGGGUGCGGCGUCGACGCCGGCGCGCAGGUGGCCACGGCCUUGUGUGAUGCCGUGACAGCCCCGUGCGUGAGCUUCGACCGGUGGGAGGCAUCGCUGGUGCCACUGCGAGUGGCGCAAGCAGCGGUGCGGUCCGAGUCAUCGCAAGCGGCGGCUGAGGCGGCACAGGGGGCAACGCCGAACGUGCUCUCCAAGGCCAGGGUCGCGGCCUCGGAGCAUGCCGCCGCCUCCGCAGGCGCCCAGGCCCUUCACUCGCCGCUGUGGAACCGCGCCGCUCGGCCCACCAACGUGGCAAACGCGGUGUGCCUUGUCGACUGGGCCAAAGUGCACGCGAGCCGGCAGUGCGCCACGUACGGAGUCAUCAACUACCUGGGCGUGGGCUUCGACGCCUACGUGGUGAAGAAAUUCGAUGACACCCGCCGUGCACACCCGACGGUGUGCCGCACCCGCGCGCAGAACAAAGCCGUGUACGGGGUGAUGGGGAUCAGGGCCUCGUUCAGGUGCAAAAAGCUACAAAAGAUCAUACCAAUGGUCUGCGUGCCGCGUCCGCAGCUGAGCGGGUCUGGCGUCGCUGUCGCUGCAACGAGAAGUAUGGGUAGCACACGCGACUUUGUGGCGCUGCAGCUGCCCUCCACAGCGAAGGCGUUGGUGCUGACGAACGUGAAUUGCUACUCCGCCGGUACUCACCCGUGGGAUCCGAAGCGCGGCAAGCUGCACUACCGUCCGGUCACGCUCCGCAACGGAAAGGUCACGCCAACACUCACGACCAUCUCUAGCGGCGCUGCCGUAGAAACGCUUCCGACACCGACCCCUCGGCCGGUGGCCAUCAACGACUGUGCCUUCGAGCUGCAGGCGAUGGGCGGAGUGCUGAACUACACCUCUCUGGGCAUCGGGCUCAGCACCUCCACGAAGCUUAUUCAGACCGACGAGGUAUUCGUCUUUGUUCUCUGCACGCCUGACGAUUUGCACUUUCCGAGUGGGCGGUGCUCCGCCUACACGCAGCUGAACCUGAAAGAGAAGUACGAGUCCCGCAUCGAGUCCGACAGCAGCGUGCGCGCAAGCUUGAACGUGCAGAUCGACGGCGAGUCAAUGCCGCCUAUCACCGAGUCGACGAUCAUCCACGUACGCCCGCAGCCAGGGACGCGGGUGCUUAUCCGCUGCCGCAGCGCCAGCGUCGUUCAGUGA